AUGGGUACGGUGUCUGGCACGGGCCGCACCUUGGCCCUGCUAGCGUUGGGUCUUAUCGGGGCAUCAUUCGUGCUCCAGCUUGUGGACUCGAUUUCUGUACCCUAUAUUAAAAAGCUGGGCUUUUUAGAAGCCACCUUCAACGAUCUACCGCCAAGAUGGAAUGUUAAAGACAUUCAGUUUGGUAUCUGGGGCUGGUCUGCAGAUGUAGCUGACCCGGAUGGCACCAUUAGCUCCAGUGCUAACUUGGACAACUACGAUGGGUUUUUGUCCCAGUACAGGAAGAGUUUUGGUGCAGGGCCCGGGUACCAAGAACCUUUUCUCGAGAAUUUACCAUAUGCGCUUGUUCUCCAGCCCAUUUCUGCCGGAUUUACUGGCGUGGCUAGUGGGGCAGCCUUGCUUGCUAUAUGCAUCAAUUCAUUCCUUUGGGUGCUGGCAGCAUUGUGGGCUUUGGCCCUUAGUAUCGCCAGCACCGUCAUUGAGCUUAUUUUAUUUAUUGUUGCUCGUGAUCGCUUCGACGAUGCAUUUAGGCCAGCUUUUGCCGACAAGCACUACUAUAAUGUCAAGCUCGGAAAGGGCAUGUGGAUUCAGGUUGCUGCUCUUGCGGCCGUAGUCGUGGGAACUUGGCUCAUGAUCUGGGCAUACGCCGUCAACACGAGUUACCAUCGAAAGCAUCGUGAUGCGUCUUCAUCAGCAGUGUCUGCAUCUGCCCCAGUACCCUCAACAAGUGUACCUGUCACUGGCCCAAACUAUGACUAUACUACGCCGUCUUAUCCUUACAGCGCAUAUGCUCAGCCUGGCUAUGGUACUGGCGGCACCACCGCAUACGACGAGCCUUAUGCUGGCACAGCCGGUGUAGGUGCCUAUGGUGGGUCUCACGCAGGUCGUUAUGACAUGCCUGGCGCGCACGAAAGGCGAAGCGCAGUACAGCCCCCUGACAUGCAGGUCCGUGUGCAGGAUGACGAGCCCAAGAUCACAACUCGAUCUUCGAAGCGGCAUCACAAGCGACAUCAUGACUCUACCCAAAAAUCUCGCUCGACGAAUUACCGCUACGAUUCAAACCUUGACGGUGAUGUAUAUGAUGACGAAAAGGAAGCUCCUCCUCGCCACAGCUAUGAAUAUGACUAUGACUACGACGCGUUCCCGUCACGUCGUAUAAGCUAUUUAUAUGGAGAUCCAUCGUACGUACAUCACCGCAGCUCCUCGGUGGAAAAUCGCUAUACGCGGCCCCGAAGAGGACCGCGCUCCGGCAAAAGGGAUUCAUAUAUAUACCCAGACGAUUAUGGUCUUUCGCGCAAUGUGGCAGCCCGGCGCAAAGCACAAGAUGAGCUACGUUGGAAGCGACUGAGUCAUGAUAUAAUGUACUAA